AUGAGCUGGUUCCUGGACACGCUGCUGGGAUAUGUGAUGACAGACGUUGUGGAUGUGGAGUUCAGGAGGCUCAAGGGGAUGCUGCUCGAGAAGACGUCGGACGUCGUGAAGCACGCGACCGGCGGCCAGUCUAAUCCGGCGCCUGGCAGCGAGGGAGCUGACGGACAGAUUGAGGCUUCGCAUUCUGCGUCUACCCUGCCUGCGUCACAGAGUAGCUCCUCGAACGCCGGAUCAACCAGCCUCGAUUUUACCACACUGCGUAACAUUCAUACGACCUACCUCGAACGUCUGAUCACAGGCAGCUUGCUGUCCAACCCUCCGCUGACAGCCAUCAUUCGCAUGAUUCUCGAGACUUGUGAGCGAUUUGUCGCGCAGGCCGAGAGAUGGGGUGGAGACAUUCUACCUGAGCUCUUGUCCGAAGGUAGUCUGGCUGGUGGCGGCGAUGUGGGCAAGAUGGUCAAGGAAAGAAAAGUCAUCGUCGCAGAGGUCAAUGAGACAUUGCACAUGCUGCUUGGAACAUUCUACGAGCAGCUCUCGCUGUCCACGACACAGCAGCCAUUCUCGGCGACUGCGGACGCGUCAAAGUCGGUGCUAUAUAGCGUGAGCAUGGCGAACACGACUGGCUUCCACACAUUCCUCCGACCGAAGCGAGGACGACGCGUCGAAGGGGACGACGAGGUUCGCCGACACGUGGAACGCCUGCUGUUGCGUCUGGACUUUAACGGUGGAUUCUCCAUGCCCAAAACGGGCGGUAAUGCAGGGUCAAAUGACGGCGAGGAGAUCUUGAAGCAGGGGGGCUUGACGUAG